CUUAUCCACAUUCGGCUGGUCGCUUGCAACUAACCUCUCGUAACGUCGUCGCGAUGUCAAACUAUUGUACCGAUAAUUGCCAAAUUCUUGUCGAUGUCUACAAGGGCAUUUACAACUACGUACUUAGUCUCAUUGAACCAGAACCACCUUUUACGGUAGCAGGGUUUGAAGGCGUUAAUAUACACAAAGAGGUGCGGGAGGCCUGCCGAUGCUUAAUAGUUCACACUGAUCAGUUGAGAAACGUAAUGUCAGUCCUGCACAAUGCAAUGGAAAUGGGUCUCAAAAAAGAUCAACCGGCUGGACUUUUUCUCAAGAUGAUCCCGUCGUACGUACGUGCUGUGCCAAACGGUACAGAGUUCGGAGACUACUUGGCACUAGAUCUUGGAGGCACAAAUUUCCGCGUGCUUCUCAUUCGGUUAAGAGGCCGAGAUGCAGAGAUAGCAGGAAAAAUCUAUGAAAUCCCCGUGGAAAUUCAACGAGGAACCGGUGAAGCGUUGUUUGACCACAUUGCUGCAUGUAUCGCGCAAUUUACUGGGGAGCAAUUUCACGGAGAAAGAAAGAAGUUACCACUAGGUUUUACAUUCUCAUUUCCCACCAGAAUUGAAGGUCUUACCAAAGGCAUAUUGAUACAUUGGUCAAAAGGCUUCAAGGCCAGCGGAGUAGAAGGAAAGGAUGUCGUAAGAUUGCUCAAAAAAGCAUGCAGGAAGCGAAGCGAUGUUGAUAUUGACGUCACUGCAAUUUUGAACGACACGGUCGGGACUCUAAUGGCAUGCGCCUUCAAAGAAAACACGUGCCAAAUGGGUGUCAUCUUUGGGACAGGAACGAAUGCCUGUUACAUGGAAAAGCUCAAUAGGAUUGAAAAAUUGAGAGGCAAAUGGGAAAGAGAUGGACUGCCGGACGAGAUGAUAAUCAAUAUGGAAUGGGGCGCUUUCGGUGAUGAUCACUGUCUGGGAUUCAUUUACACGGAUUACGACAGGGAAGUGGAUGAAAAAAGCAUAAAUCCCGGAGUACACAUUUUUGAAAAGAUGAUCUCUGGAAUGUACAUGGGAGAAGUCGCGCGCAUUGUGAUUACAUCGCUAGCAAGAAAAGGCGUGCUCUUCAAAGGAGAUUGUCUUGCAAUCUCAAAACGAGAAUGUUUCCCAACUAAAUUUAUUUCUGAUAUAGAAGCUGAACUGGAAAAGGGAGGAAAAUCCCAAUCUUUCCCAAAAACACGUGAAAUACUCAAAGAAAUUGGUGUGAGGAAUGUCAGCGAAGAUGACUGCUUACAUGUCGCUUAUAUAUGCACCGUAGUAAGUACUAGAGCUGCCUACUUAGUGGCCGCUGGUAUUGCGCAAAUACUUAAUCGAAUAAGGCGACCAUAUCCGGUCACAGUCGGUGUUGAUGGUUCUGUGUUUCGUUUCCAUCCGCACGUGAAACAGCUCAUGCAUAACAAAAUCGGUGAACUUGUUGAUAAAGGAAUCGAGUACAAACUCAUGUUGUCGAAGGACGGUAGCGGUAUUGGAGCAGCUGUAGUAGCAGCCGUCGCAACCCGUAUCAAAAAAGAAAUGACCAAAAGUUCGAGCAAGUCUGACGCAACUGCUAAGUAACUUGAAUAUAUUCAAUACUGACGCAUGAUAUGUAUGUUGAAUCGAGCUCUGUACGUAUCAAUCGAUACUCACAACAAUAAAGUUUCGGUCA